AGAAACCACUGUUUGCCUUUUCAAUGCUAAACAUAGGCCACGAGAAGAGUGGACGUAGGAUUCAGAGUCUUGAUUCAGCGUUAUCUAAUUUUGUUAACAUGUUAGCAUCUCAUCCAAAUACUUUAAGCAUAGUACUCUCAGACCACGGAAACACUUAUGGGUUCUACCCACAAACAAUGGAGGGACGGUUUGAAGUUUUUCAACCACACCUAUUUAUGAUAAUACCAAAGAGGGUACAAAACUUGUUGGGAAGAAACAAAAUAAGGAUGUUAAAACAAAAUCAAGGCAGAUUGGUGAGCAUUGUUGAUUUGCAUCACACACUCAUGGCAAUUGCAGAAGAGUUUGGUGAUGAACAGUUGCCGCAGAAUCUUGGCCUCUUUCGCCAGAUCCCUAGUAACCGCACUUGUGAUGACCUUGGCCUUCCUAAAUCCACACUUUGCAUCUGCCAAGGAUGGGUGACAAAAGUCAACAGAAACUCAUUUCACUUCAUUAUAGCUGAGUUUGCCUUAGGUCAACUCAAUAACAAGAUACAAUCCCAAUUUCUUGAAAACUUUCAAGCAAAAAGGCCACAUUCUGGCUUUGGAUCCUGUCAACGGCUCAGGGGAGAAGCCUUUGAUAACAUUGAAGAAAAGUGGUUGGGUGAAGUGCUUACUGUGACACUAGAUAUUUUUGUUCAGCGUCAAGAAAUCUUCUCUGUUACAGUUCAAGUGACGAGUGGAAGUGUCUUAAUGGACAUGAAGUUGACUCAGUUCACAAGGGUCAGUAGUUAUGGCAGUUAUCAGACCUGCACAGAUAAGGGUGUGGACCCAAGACUGUGUGUUUGUAAAGAUGGACUUUCUAUAUACUACUCUGCUACUACUGGUAACUUAUUGUUCACUGAGAAUGGAAAUCAUUUGAAAGCCAAGGAACCGCAAACUACAAUGUGGCAACAUGAUGGUGAUGUUUUCCAUUCUGUGACAAAAGCUGACAAUUUACAUGAAAGCUGUCUCUUCAUGCUUCUGAGAGAACACAAGAGUGGUGUUGUACUUGAAGCUGCAAAUUCCUGUAGUUUCGUUACAUACACCAUUGAUCUAGACCUGUCACUUAGCAACAUGAGAAUCUCUGAAAGAGUUCCACUUCAUAAAGAACUUGGCCCUGGUGUGAUACACUUUCUUUUGGCAAUUAAUCAACUUGAUCCUAACAUCAACUGGAGUUGGAAAUACACUGUGAACUUUUCUUGGAAAAUGGUACCAGUAAAUUAGAUGACAUAGAGGAUAUUACAUGGCCACGUGGGGAUACGAAUUUUAUCUUCGAGUGCUGAAAGUAUCUCUCAC